UUUUUUGGGUAAAUUGUUGGGAUGUUAUUGAACUUUUUGCCGGUCAUCGUCUCUUUCUUAAAGAAGGUCUUGCAUAUAUUAGCAGUAAUGAAUUGAUCUCUCUGGUGGCACCACAAUUUAAAGAAAAUAUUAAUUCUUCACUUGAUAAUGCUCGCAAAAAAGUUGGUGCAAUUCUGAUGCAACAAAAAUUAGUUCCGUUGUUGAGACAUAUUGUUGGCACUGGUACUUCUAAACAUGCGAAUAGGGAUCAGAGCUCUGGUUCUUCUGUCGCUCCAGAAGAUUUGGAUACUUUAGCUAUCGAAUCAUUUCCACUUUGCAUGCAAGAAAUUCAUUCUCAUUUACGUAAAGAACAUCACCUUCGGUACAAUGCUCGUAAUCAAUAUGGUCUUUUCUUAAAGGGAAUUGGGCUUUCAUUGGAAGGAGCACUCGAAUUUUUCCGUUCCGAGUUUACAAAGAGAAUGGAGGGUGAUCAAUUCACUAAACAAUAUCGCUACAAUAUUCGUCAUAUGUAUGGAAUGGAAGGAAAUAGAAUUGACAAAAAGCCGCUUUCUUGUUCUUCAAUAAUUCUUGGAGCGGCGCCAAAUGGAAUAGAUUGUCAUGGAUGUCCUUUUAGACAUAUGGAAUCUGAAUUAUUAACUAAAAAAUUAAAUAAUAUUGGAUUGAAUGAGGAUCAAGUUGCAGAAAUAAUGUAUUCCUCAAAAUGUCAUCGUUAUGAUAAAGCAUGUACAAAAUAUUUUGAAUUUGUGCAUAAAAUCCCAGACUUGGAAGAAUUGAUAACACAUCCAAAUCAAUAUUAUUCUUUAUCCAGAAAAGCUCGCAGAGGUGAAUUAAUAAUUAAAAAUGAGGAAGUAGUAGAUGAAGAAAUUCCGGAAAUAAACGAUAAUCUAGAGGAAAUGGAAAUGUGGGAAGAAGAAUAA